CAGCAUCCCCCGCGGCGGUAGCGGAGUCCGUCCCUGCUCGGUGACCUUCGGUGGGCCGCUCGCUCCCGGCUGUAACGAUGGUGCAGACCAUGCUUCCAAAGUCAUUGAGAGCCAUGAAAUUCUACUUCACAACUGUGUAUCAAGAAAUAUGGGUUGGUGUAGCAUUAACAGCUUAUGUCUAUUACAAAAUUUCAUAUGGUGGCAAAAAAGCAGUGGCAGAUAAGUCCUCUGGUGCUGGCCAUCAUUAAAGACACCUUCUCUUCUUGGAGUAUGAAUUUGGUGGUUCGUCAUCUUUACUGUAAAUGAAGCAAGUUACAACCAUAGGGAAGUCAAUUCUAAAACUGUACCUGAUCCAUCUGCUGUAAUUAGAGAAAGAAUAAAUCCAGUGAGCAACAAGGAAUUAAACAUGUUGGACAAAGUAUGCUGGAGUGUAUUGUUAACCUAAUUUUUAGAAUACAGAUAUUUUGUUUUCUACAGUUCUUCAAAGUUCCAUGUUAAACUUUUUCAAUAGUACUUCCAAAAAGACCAACUUUCUGUAACUAAACUUCUUAAUAGAAUUAGCCAGUAUUUCUUACAAUAGCAUUAAGCCUCUUUUCCUUUUUUUUUUCCCCCUAAUUAUAUCUUUUUUUGGCUAGAACUUUUGAAAUACUCCAUUUACUUCUAAAAUGUCAUUUAAUAGUAUGCCAAGUGUGAGGACUUAAUUCUCAGCUUUUUGUCAAUUUGCAGUGCAAUAAUUAAGGGUACAAAAAGUUGUUUUUAAAGCCUUUUUUUGAAGAGUUCUUAGUUCUGCAAGGUUUAAAAGCAAAAGCUGUAUUGUUAUUAAAACACAAUGCAAAAUAUUUACAGAGGUUUUUAAAAAGUACACUAUUGGCAACUAUCUUUUUUUGUCCUUCAUAUUCAGUAGAGCUAAAGAAUUAUUCUGAAAGGCUCUUCCUUUAGUCACAAAUUUUGCAAAGCAGUAAGUAAUAACAUGUGCAUAUUGUAUGAGAAAAUUGAUAGUACGUGAGCCCUCAUCUGCCAUUUAAGCUUAUGAAAAUCUCAGAAUUUAAAGGGAAUAAUGAAAUCACGCACUGUGGCAGCAGUUAAUAUGAGCAUAAACAAACAUUUAACUGACUUCAAAGAAUUUUCCUGAUAAAUUAGAAGUAAUAUAUGUAUUACUAGGAUGGGUCAUUAGUGGUUUUUGCAGAUAGCUGUUAAAAUAACUCCAUAGCUAGUAUUGUACUUUGGAGACUCUAGGAACCUAUACUAUCUUACAAAAAUCAGUUUUCAGAACUGUACAUACUGAAUUCAGUACCAAGGAUACAUAAUGUAUAAAACCAAAACUGGACUUCAUGUCAUGUUUUAAAUUUAGCCUAAUCUGCUUUUGAGAAGAUUUAAGAGGCUUAAGUCAUUUUAAUGACUUAAUGCUUACGUACAUCUUUUUAACUACUUCACUGAAACAUGUUAAAUCUUUCAGCUUGAUUAAAGUUUUGCUUUUCAAUCUCUCUGACUGCAGUAUCUGGCCAUAACUUAAAUUUUGUAUUUGAAUACUCAGGAACUUGAGAACCUUACCUGCUGAUGGCAAACAUGCCAAACACUGUGUUGCCUUUAAUUUCUUCAAAAUUUAUACUUCUGCUUAAGCUUAAUAGCUAUACCUACUGUGAGUAGAGUAAAACUAUCAGUUGUAUUUCUCUGAAAGCUUUUUUAAAAAGGCAGAUAUAGCAUUACUCAAUUUGAAAAGAAUAGGUGACAUCUUUCUUUCACGCAUUCUUGACAUUUUUUCCACCUUCCAGUCUUCCUUCUUGCUGCAUCUUCCCUUGAUAUAUUUUAGCAGAUUCUUUCAUCACUUUCAUCAUUUCUGUAUGGGGUUUUUCAGUGUUUCCCCACUGCAGAAGAAUGAAUGACAAGUAGAAAGAACUCACUAUUUGUUUCUUUACAUAAAACCAAAGGCAUCCAGAAGAAGGGAAUAGAGAACAAAAACUAGAAGAAAAUUGAGCUUCAAAUGAACAGAUAUUAGGCCAGUGGUGAUUACAGGGUGGGUCAGAGUUGUGGUAUAGUUAAUAAGUGGUUCAGAUAGAAAAUUUAUGCCAGGUAAGGAGCUAUAUGUGCAUUUGUAAUGCAAAUUUAUGAUCACUAAGUUAUAGUUCCUAAAAUACUACACAUACUUCAAAUGACCUGCUUUAGCAAUUUUCCAAUUACAGAGCUGAGGAAAACAAGCUAGGGAAAAAACAUUAAUCACUGCAGGAUUUGCUUCACCUUAGCUAGAACGUAGCACACUGGGACUGAGCUAUAUCAAUGUGCUGCCUGAUCUCCUAGAUGUUAAUUGAAAAGCAAGAGGAGCUUCUGCUAACCUGCCCUUGGAGCACAGUUAACUGCUCUUUUAGGUAAACUUAACCUACUUCAACACUUAAUGCUUCUUGAUAUCUGACUUGCUUGAUUUUCUAGUAGAGAAAGAAAGUUCAUAUGGGCAGCAAUGUCUGGGUUAUGAAAGCUACAAUUUCUACUGAAAUAAUGCUAUCUGCAACUGAUUCUUCCAUUAGUGAAUCUGUGUCAGAAAUUUGCAUGAAGGUUGCAGAGUAUUUCUUCCUGUUUGUGAUUCUUAACACACAAAUCUCUGCAAAAGAUAAGGGAGGUAAAACCAGUGCUUAUACUUAAAAUAGAUUUUUUUUUUUUCUUGAGUAGGAUACAGAAGGAGGAAAUCAACUUUCAGACAGCAGGUUGACUUAAAAGCAGAAAUCAACACAUCCAUAAUGUGUAACACCAGUAGUACUAUCUAUGUGUCUGAAACAUACCGGGUAGCGUAAAAGGCAAUAGAAGAAAGUUAGCUAAGGCAUUAGAUGUGCCAUUUCUUACAUACAGUGGGGUGUGGAUGAAGUACUCAGUUUUCUUUGCAGCACUAGGAUCUGGAGUGUAGCCCUAGUUAGAGAAGCAUUGCAGAAGAGCACUGUUAAGUGAAUAUUCUUAUUUUAGAAUAUGUGCCGCCUUUUCUGAUUUAGCUAAGGUGAUUUCUAAAGCUAACUUAAAACAAAAGGGGUUUCUUGUUCCACGUAAGUGUCUACAUAGACAAGCCUCAGCUCCUGAACAAACCCAUUUUCUGUGCAAAUGACUAUUUAAGAUCAGGACUUUAAUCUAUAGCAGUAAGAUUAAUCAUGAUUCAUAAUUAAACACUGGUGGAGGAAAUGCUUACUGCUCAUUGACAGAUCAUGCCGUUUCCAUUUCGCUGCUGCCUCUGUAUAUUGCUGACAUGUCUAAAACAAGAGGAUUACAUUUAAACUUUGUAGUAAAAUAGUUCAGCAACUGCAUUUUUAAUUUGUUGCCUGUGAUAAGGCAUCAACAAUGACAAAAACUUGACUGUUUACUACCUUUGCAAUGUUAGUGGAACAAACUCCUGUAGGGGCUGAAAAGCCUCAUCCAAUUCCUGCAGCACCAUCUUGACCAAGCUUUGGUGUGGCACUGGUGAUUGUUUUUUAAAUCAGUACAGAACAUGAAAGCUCAGCAAUAGGGAGCUGUAUUAAUACUGGGUCUUACUUACGGCCAGGAUUUCUCUUUGUGGAGCUCUGAGAUUUCUAGAACAUUUUCAAGUGUUGUCCUACAAUUAGGAAUCUCAGAAUAUCCCCUGCAUGCUAAUAAAGUAGUAUGGAAUACUCUAGGGGAGCAGCAAAAUACAGUCAGAGCCAAGGAAACAUUAGUCACAGGGCCCAUUCUACUUAACCUCUUUAAUGGCUAACUUGGAAAAAAACCCAAAUGUGUAUUCACGUUAAUUGGGAGGAUGAGUAAAGUUGCAGGAAAUUAUCUAACGCAACUGAAACAGCUGAACUAGUCUCCUGUUUAUCUGAAUCAUGAU